CUUUCUGCCCUGAUUUGAUGGGUUUGCAAGAGAAUCUUGGCAUCCCGAGAGGUGAAGGCGCCCCAGGUUUUUGUGCACCGCCUGGUCCGACACGUGCACGGGAAAGUUAAUGUACGCGCUGCGCGUGUGCACGAGCGGAUUCAGGGUUAAAAAAUAAAUUAGAAAUUCCCCGAUGCUCCAGUGUUAGUGGGUUAGAAGCAGGACUCGGGGGCCGAGGCGCCUCCAGUGGAAAGGGGGCCCGAUCCUAUGGGGAGAGAACAGGCAUGUCGCUGUCCUUUGCAAAGUUUCCGGCGUCGAGGUCAAAACCAGUUUUAUUUCAGGAGGUCUUUGCCCCACGAGUGCUCUUCUUAGAUCUAUACUGUAUAUCUAUAGACCUCCCCUUGUGUAAAAGAACAGGGCGGCGUACAGCAAAGUUUACAAGAGAGGUUUCAAAAAUGUAAUGAAAAACAUACCACGAACGGUCUUGGUUUUCCGACGUUUUAAAUUCUGUGCAUUGGGUGUUUUAUUUUUUAUAAUUUUUGCAAGCCACCUUGAGACACAGGCGAGAAUCGGGGUAUGAUUUCAGGCGCGUGCUUGAAAUAAAUACUAAAUGGUAAAAUAAGUAAAAAGACUAGGUCCGGGCAUCCCGCGGCCAGUUCCUUCCUGGGCUGCCACAAGCGUGGAGCGAGGCAAGGCCAGGCGGAUGCCAUCCUUCCAUCCCCAAAAGGCACUUCUGUCUACGGAACUCCCUGCCACACGGGCGAUCUUGCAGCCCGACGACGAGCACGGUCAGGCAACAUCCUCGGGUGCGACUCGGCGCGGCCUUACUCGCGAGUAAACGCGCAACCAAGGAUACCGCGCAGUCGUGCCCCGGGCCAGAGGCUAGUCCUCGUGGAGGGAUUCUGCUAGCUCCUCCGGGUGGGCAGGAAGAGAAGCCGUCGGAGGGGCGCGACCGGGGCGGAUCUCGGCCUCGACACGCUGGGCCAACCCUCCUCCUCCUCCUCCGCCUCUUGCUCCUGCCUCCCGUGCAACAUGGCGGCUGCAGCGACGGUGUCCCGGGCUUGGCAGCAGCUCCGCUAUUCAGGUACGCUCCUGCGCGCUUCGGUCCGCGCCGUCGGGGCGUUGCAAGGAGCGCUCCGGGGAAUGCAAAGCGCCGGCUUUGCGGCUGCAUCCGCUGCAUCGAGGGGCGUGAAGUGGGCGGGUUGCGGGGGGGGGCUCCCCGUUCUGCUCCCCUUCCAGCCCACCUUGGCAAGGGUGACUUUGAGACCAUUGCUGGGCCUCAGGCCUGCUUGGAAGGCCAGCAGGCAGCCUCGUCUACUCGGGAGCAAGUCCCCCUUAGUUCAGCGAAACUUAGGGGAGCGUCUCAAAGGAUUGCAAUGUAUUUUCUCUGUUUCCUUCCUAAAUGUUUAACAUCAAAGUCUGCUCUGAAAUCAGCAGGACAACCCCAUUAAAAGCUUUUUUCAAAACCUGUGCAAGGCAGCAUCGGCAUCCGAGAAAUAAUAAUAAUAAUAAUAAUAAUAAUAAUAAUUUAUUUGUACCCCAGCCACUCUGGGCGGCUUCCAAGAGAAUAUUAAAAUACAGUGGUCUGUUAAACAUGAAAAGCUUCCCUAAACAGGGCUGCCUUCAGAUGUCUUCUAAAAGUCUGGUAGUUGUUUUUAUCUUUGACAUUUGGUGGGAGGGUGUUCCACAGGGUGGGUGCCUCUGCCUGAUUCCCUGUGACUUGGCUUCUCACAGCAAGGGGACCAGCGAGAAAACAACUUAAAGCAGAUUUUAAGGGAAGGGGUGUUUUGCCUGGGAUCAGGGACAUCUAAUCUGAGGCACAGCCUCCUCCGUGUGUUCUCACUUUGGAAGUAAGGCCUCAUCUGUAUGGUACUUUGAUUUUGGCAUCUGCCUGUCUCUAGAGACAAUGGAGUGUGACUGGGAGCGGGUGUUUACGCCUGGGGAGUGUGUAGGGGGGGGUUCUGGGCUGACCAGAUGACAAGACCCCCCUCUCAGCAUCGCUGAUGUGGUCCAAAGGAAAGCAGAGCAAGACGUUUGGCACCAACUUGGCUGCAGGAAUUGCUGGAAGGAGCCCUGCAACCACCAUAGGGACUCCAGAUUUGUGUAGGGUUUACUCCUUAGCCUUUUCUUCCCCCCGAAGAUACCCCACAAGGCAGCGGAGGUUUAGGAUCAGAGUUUUCCUUCUAGAGUUUUCCUAGGUGGGUGAGCCCCAUCUGCCACUCACUUCCUUCUGUGGCAUGUGCAGGAACGGCCUUCUUGACCGUUGGACCCACUUUUGGUCUUCUCAAACUGCUGGAGUUUGUCUUCACACACAGGGGAAGUGGCGAACUCACUGUGGCAAUCACACAGGGUCCCCGGACGUUUCACCGUCUAUUGAUCCCUGUGCCACCACUUUAUUUCUUGCUGCCACCACCAAGGCCCUACCUGGUACAAUACUGAGUCCAGUCACGGUUAAAUUGGAACAUAAACUUCUGUUUAUUUAUUGCAGUUUAACAAGCGUGUGGUUUCAUAAACGGUAUAGAUCAAUUACAUUCAUGGGGUACCUAUCCAGACCUAUAACUUCUGCUACCUGCUCUCACUCACUAAACCACCUCUCAGAUAUUUACUUGUCUUCCUAGCCCCUAACUGUUCCUGACUCAGCUUAUUUCGCUACACUAUCUCAACCUCCUCACAGAGUCUUCCACUCCAACCACCCAACUCCCAACAAUUGCGCUCCCAGAGCUGGUUUUAUAGUCCCUCUGACUCCACCCCCCUGGAUUCUGAUUGGGUAACUUGUUUAACUAUUUCACCUCCAGCACUCUCAUAUGUUCACGCCACACUCACCGAGGGUUUGGGCUCACCUCACCUGGUUUAGCUGGUCAGUCAAAGCCGUUCCUGGGAUUGUGGCCGCUGUCGCAUGCUGACAGCUUCUAGGAGCCACAGCUGAGAGCUGAGUGCAGGGUGGGGGCCAAAGAUGGACAAACAACCCCAGAAGGAUCAUGACAUGUCCUCCACCAGAGUACUACCCCUUCCAUGUACAGUCAUACUUCAGGCUGUGUUUUUUCGGGUUGCGGACCGCUGAAACCCGGAAGUACCGGAACAGGUUCAGAGUUGUUCAGAGACCUCUAAUAUCCAAGCAGCCAAACCUGUGUGUAGUUCUGUAACAAAUAAGCAGCCUUAAACAAGCCUUGCUGUUUGUGUUUUGCUGGUCUGCAGCAGCCGAUUCACCAGAAACCAUGGUUGGAAGAAGGGAGAGACGAGGGCAUUUUUCAUUGUUUCAGAGGGUUUUCCUGGUUUCUUUUGCCAUGUUGGGGUCACAAUUCAAUGUUCAGCAGGAAUCCAUGGAAAUUGUCAGUUCAUUAUGUAAACACUUGUUUAUAAAACAACUUCCUGUCAACGCAUUGUUGUUGGAAAUUGUGAUCUGCAUGUCUACAAAAUACAGAACAUGUCAGUAAAUUCUGAAUAACAAAAAAUAAACAAUACAGAAUAAAUUCAGUAUUACAAAAGGAAAACCCAUCUAGAGCAAAAGACCAGGUACACAAGAUACAUUUAAAGCACAUUCGAAACACAUUCCUCCUUUCAGAGAAUUCUGGGCACUGUAGUUUGUUAACGGUUGCUGGGAAUUGGAACUCUGAGGAGUGCCCAGAAUUCUUUGAGGGAAAGAACGUUAUUCGGAUGUGCUUUAAAAUUAAAGCGUGCCCUCGUUUCUUCAGCAGCAGCCUGAACUAUGUAGAAAGCCACUUCUGAAAGGAAGUUUGAAAAGCUGCUUAUGAGAGGAGGAGCAACAGAAAGAAUAAAAAAGGCAAGGAUUCCUUUCCUAAAAUGUUGGUUCUUUUCACCCCAAGGCAGUGGGCUCUCAGCUGCUGAGCUGCCACUCUCCUGGGCAACGACAAGCUGGUAAUAUCUGGAUUCCCCCCCCAGGUUCUUUACUUCAGUUUCAACAUAGCCGAGCUGCCGCCCAGAGACUCAGAUGCCCUGCUGUCCAGAGGAGGUCGUUCAGCAACAACAAGAUCCUGGUGGAACUGGAUGAGGGCACAGGUAAACCCCCUCAGGCUUGCAUUUCAUAGAAAUGUGGAGUUGGCAGGGUCCCUGAGGAUCAUCUAGUCCAACCCUCUGCAAGGCAGGAGUAUGCAGCUGUCCCUUAUGGGGAUCAAACCUGCAACCAUGGCGUUAUCAACACCACACACUAACCAACUGAGCUAUCCACAUCCUUUUGUGUGGUUCUUUGAAGGAGUGGUGGCGUACACACCAUACAUUUUAAGCACAUGGCUUCCUGCAAAGAAUCCUGGGAACUGCAGUUUUACCCCUCAUGGAGCCGCAAGCCCCAGCACCCUUCGCAAACUACAGUUCCCAGGAUUCUUUGGGAGAGUGUGUUGGCUCCCAGCACACAGCAUUUCAUAGGUAUACUGCUUCUGUACAUGCAGGUUCUCUUUAGCUGUCACGGCUGGGAAGCAAUAAUAGAUCCAUCCUUUGUGAAUUGGUCCAAAAACCCGGGAGAGCAGCUGUUGGUCAGGGUAGACAACACUGAGGUAGGUGGACUUCCUAAUCUCUGGCAGCAACUCUUGUUUCCUUGUGUUUCUCGUUCAGGGGUAGCAGUGAUGAAGAUGAAGAGCCCACCGGUUAACAGCUUUAGCUUGGAGUUUCUGACGGAGCUUUCCAUAAGCCUGGAAAAGCUGGAGAACAACAAAGCGUGCCGCGGUGUCAUCCUGACCUCGGUACGGGUGACAAAUAGAAAAAAAUAGCAAUCGUCCAUUUGGUUCUGGGUCCAUCUUUGCUGGCUGGUGGGGGGCAAGCUAUGCUGGGUGGGAGCGUCCAUGGCACAGGCAGGGAUGAUGAUGAUGAUUGACAGGUGCCUAACCCUGCCAACCCUUAGCACCAGCCAACCCUGGAUACAAGACCUCUCAAAGGACCCGUUGAUGGCAUUUUACCAUUGCACUGUGGAGAGUGUAUUAACUUAUGGUCUGUGUGUGUGGUUUGGGAGCUGCACUGUCAGGGGAAAAACAAUGCUGUCCAGAGUUGUAAAGACUUCGGAGAGAAUAAUUGGAUGCACUCUUCCCACCUUGGAUCAAAUCUAUGCUUCCAAGUGCCAUAAGAAAGCUGCAGGAUAGUGCGCACCCCGGAAAUGAUCUCUUUCAGCUUCUGCCUUCUGGAAGAAGGUACAGGGUUAUAAAGACUAGGACUAGAGAAACAGUUUCUACCCAAAUGCCAUUUUGGUUUUAAACACAGUGUAAGGAGUCUCUAUAAGGGGACGCGGGUGGCGCUGUGGGUUAAACCACAGAGCCUAGGACUUGCCGAACAGAAGGUUGGCGGUUUGAAUCCCCGCGAUGGGGUGAGCUCCCGUUGCUCGGUCCCUGCUCCUGCCAACCUAGCAGUUUGAAAACACGUCAAAGUGCAAGUAGAUAAAUAGGCACCGCUCCAGUGGGAAGGUAAACGGCGUUUCCGUGCACUGCUCUGGUUCGCCAGAAGCGGCUUAGUCAUGCUGGCCACAUGACCUGGAAGCUGUACGCCGGCUCCCUCGGCCAAUAAAGCGAGAUGAGCGCUGCAACCCCAGAGUCAGUCACGACUGGACCUAAUGGUCAGGGGUCCCUUUACCUUUACCUUUAAGGAGUCUCUAUGGGAGUAUAUUGUAUUUAAAAAUGGGGUAUCAGAGUUUUUAGGGGGCUAACCAGGUUAGAUUUUUCAAUUUUGUUGUUCUGUAUAGGACAAUGACAAUAAAGAUUAUCGUAUUGUAUCGUAAGAUCUCUCCUCUUUCUGGGAGCUGGGCAAAAACGGCCCGUAGGACUUUUCAGAGUGAAGCAGCGUGGCGUGAAUCAGGGAGGCACGUUGCCAGCUAUGACAGAUCCUUUUCCUUUUCCCAGGUUGUCCCCAAAAUCUUCUCUGGGGGCCUGGACAUCACGGAGAUGUGUGGGAAGAGCGAGGAGCACUACGCCGAGUUCUGGAAAGCCGUGCAGCAGAUGUGGAUUACUCUGUACAAUUCCAGCCUGGUGACCAUUGCAGCUGUCAAUGCAAGUUCCAUUUAUUUACUCCCUAUCCCUCCAGCAGAAUCACCUUAAGCCAGUGGCCGCUGGUGGUUGGUAGGGUGGAAGGCAGGGAGGCCGACAGUAGGGGGCGCCAGAGCCAGGCAGAGCCAGCCACCGACCAGCGGUAAGCAAGAAGGCAGGCAGGUGAGAGCAGAGUGCGGUCGGUGGGGCAGUGCCCCAUUUGCCCUAACGGAUAAGCCGCUACUGUUUUUAGCUCUUUGCUCAAUGGGCUAUUCGAAGCACACCCCAGUGCAGUUCAGACAUGAAUGUAUAGCUAUUGUAACGCUGCAGGCUUGGACCUGGGGUGGGUUUAGGAAUUAGUGCAAUUCAAGCAGCGGUUGUCUUGCCAAAGGCAAGGUGGGUCUUUUAAAAUGAGAUUCAGAAGCAAUACAAAAUACCGUAUUUUUCGCUCUAUAGGACGCACUUUUCCCCCCUCCAAAAAUGAAGGGGAAAUGUGUGUGCGUCCUAUGGAGCGAAUGCAGGUGCCUUGGCUUCAGCUAUAGCAACACGAAGCCUCUGAAGCACAAAGGGAGAGCUCCCCCCGCGCUCCGGAGGCUUUGCGUUGCUUUUGCUGAAGCCCCACGGCCGGUCAGUCUGUGCACCAGCUUCCAAGAAACUCUGCCCAAACCAUCCCAUUUUAUAGGUAGCCUGUGUGGCUUCCAAGACUACGUGCAGAUCAUCCAUUCGCCACUCCCUCCCAAUGCCUCACUUUCUCAAAACAAUGUCCAACAUCUAAGAAGGUACCCAGCACAACUGAUCCACAAGUGAUUAAGGCAGCUGGGGGGGUGGGCUCUUCCCAACGUUUUCAGAACAUUAAAGACUGUUCCCACACCAUCAGAAACUUAACAAGAGCGGGGAAGGAACAGAGGCAGGAAGGGUAACCCUGUCAGGUCACUCGCUUCUCGAUACAUUUGGUCUUCUGGAUGCAUUUCCCAUGCAGCGGUCUGCAUAAAUUCAGGUACUGCCCCACCACCAUCUAAAUAAUGCCCCAUUUUAAAUGGCAAAAAUACACACUGAUAACAUCACCUGAGAAUGGUUAUGUCACCAGGCAGGUUUACCCAGGAAUAAAACAAGGAAAUGAUGAGUUCAAGAAAGAGCUGGUUGUUUCCCUGUUUCAACGAUCUAAGUCAGGCAUAGGCAAACUCCUGCCCUCCAGAUGUUUGGAACUACAAUUCCCAUCAUCCCUAGCUAACAGGACCAGUGGUCAGGGAUGAUGGGAAUUGUAGUCCCAAACAUCUGGAGGGUCAGAGUUUGCCUAUACCUGAUCUAAGUAUCCAAACAAUUUAAAAUACCCUAGCUCAGGCUUCAUCAACCUCAGCCCUCCAGAUGUUUUGAGACUACAAUUCCCAUCAUCCUGCCAACCUAGCAGUUCGAAAGCACGUCAAAGUGCAAGUAGAUAAAUAGGUACCACUCUGGCGGGAAGGUAAACAACGUUUCCGUGCGCUGCUCUGGUUCGCCAGAAGCGGCUUAGUCAUGCUGGCCAUGACCCGGAAGCUGUACGCCGGCUCCCUCGGCCAAUAAAGCGAGAUGAGCGCAACCCCAGAGUCGGCCAUGACAGGACCUAAUGGUCAGGGGUCCCUUUACCUUUCCUAUAUAUACAGUCUAUAAUUCCUUAAUAAAUUUUUGUAUUAUACUUUAGACAUACAUUCCUUAUUAUAUUACAGCAUUACAUCUUGUGGUCUAACCAAAUGUUUACAAUAAACGGAGCAGAAACACUCUGGGUGUGACGCAGGGCCAGUGAGGGGUGCGACCUGGGAAGAGUUCCAAGGGCCAUAUAGAGAGACCCAGAGGGCCACCUUUGCUCCUAGGCCUAAGGCUCUCCACCCUUGACCUAGAUUUCCUGUUCUCUGCUUCCUCCCAGGGUUCCAGUCCCGCAGGCGGCUGCCUGAUGGCAAUGUCUUGUGACUACAGGAUCAUGGCCGACAAUCCCAAGUACAGCAUUGGGCUGAAUGAGACGAAGCUGGGAAUCGUUGCCCCUUUCUGGUGAGGUGGCGGAGGAGGAAGAAGAAGAAGAAUGGGGGUGUGGGGUGCAAUUCGCUGCAACUUCUCUAGGGUUUCUCUGAACCUCGGCACAGCCAACCACAUGGCAGAGGGCCUUCUCGGUAGUGGCACCCGCCCUGUGGAACGCCCUCCCAUCAGAUGUCAAGGAAAUAAACAACUAUCUGACUUUUAGAAGACAUCUGAAGGCAGUCCUGUUUAGGGAAGCUUUUAAUGUCUGAUGUUUUAUCUAUUAUUAUUAUUAUUAUUAUUAUUAUUAUUGUUAUUAUCUUCAUUAAUUCUGUUGGGAGCCGCCCAGAGUGGCUGGGGGAAAUCCGGCCAGAUGGGUGGGGUAUUAAUAAUAAUAAUAAUAAUAAUAAUAAUAAUGUUAAGCACAGCUUAAAUUCCUGGCUACGCUACCUAGCCUGUCGUUCGUUCGUUCCUGCUUGAAUGUCUCUCCUGCCUCCCUCCAUUUUACUGCACUUCAAUAAUGAUUGGGGGAUUAUUCGCUUGUUUUUGCUCUUAUUUUUAUUACACAUUUUCUGUUUUUUUUUAUAUACUGUAUUUUACGUUGUGGACCGCCCAGAGAUCUACAGAUGAAGGGCAGUAUGCAAAUUUAAUUAAUAAUAACGAUGAUGGUGACAGGCAGGUAGAGAGGACAAAAUGAGAGGAGAAAAAGAUUCGUUGUCAAAAUUGCCAAUAGAUAUGGAAAAUACAGGCACUGUGAGUCAAUAAUAAAACCUACAGAGAAGAAAAGGCUGUGUAAUCUAUAAAUACUGAAAGAAUCCAAUGGUCUAAAUUGCCAUUUUUCCCCCCAGAAGAAAAAGAAGAUAAAAAGUAACCUUCAACGGUACUAAAUCCCAAAACUCACAUAGACCUGUGGGGCCGAGGCUCCUGAGCUAACUGUGUUUGUAUAUAAAAUAAAAUUAGAAUACAGUCUGGAGGAAAAAAACAACCCUCACAUAAACCAAAAGUGUGCAAAGGCCAAAGUACAUAAGGGUUGUUUUUUCCCUCCAGACUGGCGAUUUUCCAAGUCUUGGAAUACCAAUAGUAGAGAUUAUUCAGAUCAAAGGUCUUUCAAAACUUGGUGACAGUGGCCCAAGCUGCUACCAAAGAACACAAGAUUAGCUCCUUGUUAUUCAGAUCUCAAUCCAAAUCUAAAGAAUCAGGCAAAGAGAGGGGUGGCUCAUUUGUUACACCUCAAGGACGGCCUCUCCCCAUAGGAACCAACACAGCCCCUGAGAUCAUCAUCUGAAUCCCUUCUUUGUGUGCCCACUCCAAGAGAGAUUUGGAGGGUGUUCAACACAAGAGAGGGCCUUUUCUGUAGUGGCUCCCCGUUUCUGGAAUGCUCUUCCCAGGGAGGCUUUCCUGGUGCCUUCAUAAUACAUUUUUAGGUGCCUUGCAAAAAUAUUCCUCUUCUCCCAUGCCUCUGGUGCCUUUACUACAUAUCUUUAGGUGCCAUUUUAAUCAGCCUUUUGCUGAUUAAAAAAAACCUAUGGCCUUUUUAAUGUGUAUUUAGGCAGCAGGUUAUUGUUGUUAUGUGCCACGCUGUGAUCAGAUGAAGGGCAGUAUGUAAAUUUUAAUAAAAAUAAUUAUCGAUGAGAUCUCAGAAACUGCUUUUGUCCAAGAACGUUUUUCUCUUGGAGCAGCUCCACCACAUGUGCUGAUAGGUCUCAGUUAUCUCUCUCUCUCUCUCUCUCUCUCUCUCUCUCUCUCUCUCUCUCUCUGCCAGGUUUAAAGACACAAUGGUCAAUGCCAUUGGCCACAGAGCCACGGACCGGUCCAUCCAGCUGGGACUCCUAUACCCUGCCGCUGAUGCCCUCAAAAUUGGCAUCGUGGAUGAGUUGGCGCCCGAAGAGAAUAUCCAGAAGGUGGCUGCAGAGGUGAUGGCCCAGUGGCUGGCCGUUCCAGGUGAGGCAGCCCACACCUGCCCCCAGAAUCCUGCACCACAAAUACACGUUCCAAAACAAAUAAUGUCCUAUAGUGGGGAAGGUUUCCUUGGUACCAGACCAACCCUGCUUUAACUACUAUACCAUACUGCCUCAUACCCUAGUGGUGAAAGAAAGGUCUGUUGGCAGAGGGAAUUGGCAGCAAGGUGGGAGGGUUGGCUUAAAGCAGGCUCCAGGAAGAAAGGCUUCCGAUCACAUGGGUCAGGAGAAGGUCAUCAAUAACUUGCAAGAUAUCAAUAAACUUAAUUCUUUAUUCAAAUGAACAAAAAACCCGCUUCCCAGUAGGGCUUUCCCUAAGCAGGCAGUUGUGGGAACUGAAAAGUCCCUGGUCUCCAAGUCUUCUCCUUCCCAAGCUAUCUGAGGCUCAAACACCUUGUCUGUCUUUGCUCCUCCCUCUUCAUACCUCUGCAGGUUCUGGGAGACCAGGGGGGAGGGGAGCUGGUCGCAGCAGGAGGGGAAGACCCCCUGGCAUCUUCAACAGCCUGCCUGAUCUCUGCCUCUUGGCCCUGCUCCUCUCUAGCCUCUGCUUCUGGGCCUCUCUCUGCCGCAGUCUCUUCCUGCUCACUAAACCUUGUUACCUUUUCAGCUUCUGACACUCCUCCUUCCAGUCUCCCCCCCCCCAUCAUCGUCCCACCAGCACUGCCCAGGCUCUAAGUCUUCUUCCCUUAUGGGUUCCUUUUGGGGGUUCCCCAGCUGGUGCCUCCCACCCAGGGGAGUCUUUAGCAUAUGCGCUGCCGGGGUGCAAAGAUCCACCCAGCGCCCCCAAGUCUGACAAGCGGCGCCAUUGCGAAUGACAAGCGCCACCGCUGGUGCGGCGCGUCUUUGGUAGAUGAGCGCACAAAGUCGAAAGCCCUUUAGUGAAACAGUAGGUAUACAUUUCGGUAUUACCUAUAUGUGCAGUGGUACUUCUGGAUGCAAACGGGAUCCGUUCCGGAGCCCCGUUCACAUCCAGAAGCGAACAUGGGUCGCGAUUCGCCACUUCUGCGCAUAUGCGUGAUGUCAUUUUGACCAUCUGCGCAUGCGCGACCGGCAAAACCCGGAAGUAACGUGCUCCGUUACUUCCGGGUCGCCGCAGUGCGCAACCUGAAAAUAAUUAUCCUGAAGCUACUUCAACCUGAGGUAUGACUGUAUUUUGUUUUUCUAGCUUGAUCAAAAUUAUUUAUUAUUUCAUAACAGGUAGAUAAUUAAGAGCUUAGGCGGCUUCAGCGGCAGGCACCUGGUGCCUCCCAGACAUCUGCGCCCAAGUGCCCCGCACCCCUUGCACCCUCGGGUAAAGACGGUCCUGUUCCCAGCAGUCCUAUGCGUCCAUGACACUGGGCCGCAAUUCAACAUGCGCUCUCUCUUUCUCUUUCUCUUCUUGCUACCCAGACCAUGCCCGCCAACUUUCCAAAUCCUCGAUGAGGAAGCCCACAGUGGACCACCUCCUGGCGCACCGUGAAGCUGACAUCCAGAACUUUGUGCGCUUCAUCUCCAGGGACUCUAUCCAGAAAUCCCUCCAGAUGUACAUGCAGAUGCUGAAGCAGAAGAAAGCCUGACCUGGGAGCGGAGCAGCCUUGAUUCCUGGUCCCGUGACCUCAUCACUGUUUAUCUCAAGCGCCUUUGUUUCCCAGCUGGUGCCUUUUGCACAGAGUUUUGCUCUCGAGGUUUUUUCCUUUGGACGCUGGAUCUCAGGUUGUGGGCAAGUGGGGCUGAGGCCCGUUCUGCGAGGGGCACAUUAGGCCACAGGCUCGCUCUUUGGGCACGUAGGAAGAAUCAGUUUUGCGCAAAAUGUGAAUGGUCAAUAAAUCACUAAAAGAGAGGCUGUGGUUGGUCUCUUCCUAACUGCAGCCAUAGGCUUAGGGCCAGGGCUGAGUACCCUUUGGCCUUGCAGAUGCCGCUGAACUACAGAUCCCAUCAAACCAUCCUGUUGGCUAUUCUGGAUGGGGAUGAUGGGAGUUGUAGUCCAGAAGCAGCUGGAAGGCUACUAGGUGCCCCAGCCCUGACUUGUGCAACACCUCUGGAUCUUCUUGCUGGUGCAUGGAAUAACACACAUACCAUACCUUUGUAUUUAGUAAGUAAACUAUUUUAAAUUUACUU